UAAAUGAUAAUGAAUAUUAAAUAACAAAAUUUUAAGCGCGUCGUAAACUUAUAAAUCGUCAUUGGGUAACCGUGUAAAGUGUAAUAGUGAGCUAUUUAAGUUGUAACUUGUAAGUUAUAACUAUAUUGAAUUUUACGCUUCAACAAAACAGUAUUUUUUCUUUCUUCUUCUUUAGAACUCAUGACACAUAACUUUUUUGAAACCAGUGUCCACUGACAUUUUGUACAAAUGGCUUAUAAAAUUGUUGAAUUUAAUGAUGGUCUUCAAAUUGUACCAAAUAAUUGGCUAUCAAGUGACGGAUCUUCAAGCUAUUGGCCACCCUCUAAUUAUAGCCAAAUAAAAGUAAACAAGUUAAUAGCAACUGACUGUGAACCAAAUACUGAAACAUGGUCCACACAUUCAAUUCUUCAAAUUUUUGGUUCUUCAGAUAGUUAUGAAAAUGGUAUGCUUAAACUUAAACAAGCUCAGGAUUAUUCAGAUGUGGAAACUGGCUCGGAAUUAGAUUCAAAAAAGCGAUCUAGGCAUAAAAGCUCAUCAAUGAAAGCUAAUAAAAAAUCUUUGAAAAUGCCUUGCAAACAUUACAUUUGGCAAAAAGCAAUGUCAAAAAAACUAUCAAAAAUUACAUUAAAAAUAGAAUCAUUACAAAAACAAAAUGACGAAAUAAAAACAAUGUUGGAAAAUGUCAUAAAGAUACGUACUAAUUCUAAUAGUUAUGGUUACUCAGACGAUGAACUAAAUGAACUAAAUAUUGAAUUCCCAUUAUCUGACGAAAUUCAACUUUUGGAAAUAGAAAGUAUGAUGUUAAAUGAUAAAGAGUUUUAUUCCAAAAUGAUUAUGACAUUAAAAGCCCUAGGCGGUACAGACUUUACUGCUAUAGUUAAUACUAUACUAGCAAAACUGAUGACCAAUUGUUUAGCCAUAAGAUAUAGUUUUGCUGGAAAGCGUAAAAAAAUAUCUUUCAAAGAAACUUUCCCAACAGUUUUGAAGACCAUUAUAAAUGUUGUACGAUUUCAUAAACCAACAUCUACACAUAAAGAAAUUCACAAUCAAAUUGGUAGAUGGUUGGUCCAUGCCCAAUUAAGAAAAACUCGACAAGAAACAAAACAAAUUGAUCAAUGAAGUUUGUAAGAAUAAAUAUAUAGAAUAUCAUUUUAUCUACUUAUAUAAUGACAGCAAAAAUCUUCGAAAUAAUAUAAUAAAUUAUCAUCUUAAUAUCUAAUACAUCAUUUCGUUACCUUAACAACAACAACACUUAUCUCCAAAAGUACAAUUUUACAAGAAGACCAAAAAACUGUUUAAUUUUGAAUGUUUAAAAAUGUUAGCAACUUUUGAUUCUGAAUUAAGUUUUUAAGUUAUACUUACAAAUUUAUACAUAACAAACACUAAUUUAUUAUUGUUAUUAGAUUAUUUAGUGUAGAUACGAGUUAUUAACAACUUAUUUUCAGUUACGUGUAGUUGUUACUAGUAGAUACAUGUUAUUGAUUCAUACAUUUGAGGGUAUAACAGCACGUAACUGAAUUGUAUUAAUCAUUUAAAUUAAUAAUAAAUUACCUUUUUUUGUCGAAUAAAACUUAUUAAAUUUGAUUUUCAAGUUAAAUAUUUCAUCAAAUAUAGCACAUUUAUAUAAGAGCAAUAAGUUCUAAUAAUUUCAAUUAGUGGGUGGAUAUUUAACAAUUUAAAUAAUAACAGUAUGAUAUAAAAACAUUAUUUUUUUAUUUUAUCAGUUUUUUGUUUUUAAAUUAUAAUACGAUUAAAUAACAAUUUAAUAACCAGUCUUUUGGUUUCAUAUAAAAUAACAAUAUUAAUAUAAUUAUAAAUGGAUAAAAAAAAGUUAGUAUAAAAAAUACAAAUUGCACUAAACAAUUUAAUAACCAGUCUUUUGGUUGUACAUAAAAUAAAAAUCAUACAAAAUAACAAUUAAUAUUAAAUAAAAUAUUAAAUUUUACCCUUCUUAGUUUUGAAAGAUGAAGCAUGCUCUAAACUGUCAUAAAAUGAAUGUGUGUCUGGUGGAAGAAAUUGUUUGAGUUUUUGAAGAUCCUGAUAUUUUGAUAAAGUGAUACUUAAUGGUUUUUUAUAGAGGUUUUCAUAUUUUAUUUCAUUUUGCAUUAAUACUGGUAUUCUUCCAACAGGUAUAUCAUCAUAAGGUUCAUCAAAUAAUAAUUUGUACAUAAUUCUCUUUGUAGUUGGAUUAUAAAGUAAACAUCUAAUAUCCUUAACUUCAGGAUCCCCUUUUGUGCGACCAGGCCUAAUAGAUGCAUAGGUUUGAUGUGUUUUAAAAUUUAAAAAAAAGUCAUAAUUUAACAAUAUAGCUCCUAGUUGUGAAGGAGUUUUUCUUGCUGCUUUGGUUAUUCUAAUGUAAUCUGAAGGCAAGUGUAUAUCCUGUCCUUUAAGUUUUCUCUUGAUAAGGCUGUGAACACUGUCACACUGCAUUUGGGUAUGCCCUUUAACAAGAUACUUUUGCUCAAUAGUUACUUGAUGUUUAACUGCAAAAUGUAAUAAUGCAUUUGCCAUAAUCACAUUUCGAUUUUGAUACCCACACCCAUCAGAGUAUAUUAUGAUUAUGGGUUUUUUUUCAUUCAAACAAUAUUUUUCCAAGUGUUUUAUAACUAUAGGUACAAAAACUGAAGCCUCUAGUUCACCAUUACCUUCGUGCCACCAGUAAUUUUGACAAUCAGCAGUUGCAUUAUUAUAAAUUGUCAUAUUAUGAACUUUUAGUUUCAUCGAAUAGUACAAUGCACUUGUUUGCAGUACAGGACAAAGUUUUACUGCCUGACAAUCAAUUGUAAGUACAGUACAAGAUUUUUUUUCUUUGGCUAGUUUUGUAUCCUUCUCUUUUUCUUCUCUUGCCCUAUCUUUAUGGGCAAUGUGUUCAGCAUAAUCAUUUUCGUUGACUUCCCCAAUAUUAAAAGAGGUACAAAAAUCACAUUUAUCUUUUCUUGGGAGAUAGAUUGAGAGUUUAUUUUCAACCAUGAAGUUUGAUAAAUAACAGUUGCUUAAUGGAACCAAACUAUCUUCAACACAUUUUAAUUUAUAAGCAUCCAUUAUUUCUUGCUUGCAGUAGAACGGUCCUUCAAGGUACAAUCUGUCAGUCUUACUUCUACAAUAAUGCGAUGGCAUUUUUGGCAAUGUAGAGAACCAGUUUUUUAAGUGAUUAAUUCUUAGUGCUAAAGAUUUUUUUUGGCGUGGUGAAAUUUCAACAAUGCUGCAUGAUUCUUGUAUCUUUCCAUUUUUAAUUUUUCCUCGUAAUCCAUGAGUUGCUUGUUUUGUCCAAUUUUGAACCAUCCAUUCAUUUAAUCCGAGAGUAUUUAAGAACAUUAUUUUACAAACUUGAAGACGUUCAGAAGAACUGUGCUUUAAAAAGUAACUGAAUGUAUAAGACCUCCUGCUAUCAUUGCCAAGCCUAGUUGUAUCUCUUUUACGUAAUGUAAAUAUUACCAUACUUGUUACAUACGUAUUUUUCUCCUCCCAGGUAGCAGACCAAUAAGUUUUGAAUAUGUCACUUCUCAUUUCUUCAUUGAAUUGUUGACAAUAUCUUGAGUUGAUGCAUUUUUUAGAGCUACAUCUUGGUUUCAUAGUUCUUUCACUUCUUAUUUUGUUAUGUUCAACAAUUUUACCAUUUCUACUGUAACCCAUGUAACAUUCUCCAUGCAUUCUCUUUUUUUUUGCUGACUUCACGUUUCCAUUUCAAUAUUUCUUUUUUUGUACUUCGUUUUCUUUUAUUACCAACAACACUUUCACAAUCAGAUAGAUCAACUUCUUCUGGGCUUGUAGCAUUUACAAUAACUUCACUUCCAUUACUCGUCACCAUCAUAAUAUUAUCUGAAUUGUGGUUUUUUAAAUCAAAUGUAUAGGGAUUAACUAACUCAUUAAUUGUUAAAUUCAUAUUAUUAGUAUUUUCUAAAUCUGAUAUUUUUUCAAAUGAUUCUAUAUACUCCAACAAAUUGUCUUCGUUAAUCAAAGUACUAUCAAGGUUAAUAAUAUCAUUAACAGGUGUGUUAUGACUUGUUGAAGGUCUAUCUAAUUCCUCAUCAUAAGUGUUUGAAAACACAACAUCUGCAUUUAAAAUUAUGUUAGUUAAAUCAUUUACUUUGUUAUACUGAGGUGAGUCAGGACGUUCUUGUUCCUCUUUAGAGUUCAGUAGAGCCAAGUUUAAAAUGUGAUUAAGCCGUUGUUUUGCCAUUUCAACUAUAAAAAAAAAACAAUGAAAUAACAUAAUUAUGCAAAACACAUUAAACACUCAACACACAAAUCUUUUCAAUACUGAGGACUAUCAAAUUGAUAAAUUUCUUCACAUUUUUAAUAUUUUUAUUCUAUCAUAAUAAUUUUGUUGUAUCAUAAUAUUAUAUUAUUAUUGUUAAUUAGCACACUAUUUAAUAAUUUAAUUAAAAUUUAGAUAUUGAUGUAAUAUCUUUACAUAUUGCAUAUUAAUUAUUUAAGUAUAGAAUAUUAACUUACUUUUUAAGAAAACAGCAUUGAUAAAAUUCCAAUAGAAAUACCACGUAACUGUCACUAUUUCUAAAUUUCUAAAUCUGUAACACCACGUAUGUGAAAACACAAACAAAAUGUCAGUUAUUAACGUAGAUCUUCCUUUAGAAGUUAUGUUUGAUUGAUUUUAUAGUAAAUAAAUGAUCAUUUAUGACUUUAAAAUAACUUAAAUAAUAAUUACCUGGUAUUUAAGUAGACGGCAACAGUCAAACGUUCGUAACACAAAACACUACGGUAAAUCUUGUACAUACGUGUUGUCACAUAUCAAAUUCAGAUAUGUGUUGUCACUAUAAUCUAUUUUUUGAGAUUAUCAGUUUGUUUACGGAAAAUAUGGUCAAUGAAACAUGUGCGCAAAGAUUCUAAAUAUUUUGAUAACAUAAAAAAAAAAAUCGAAAAUUUGCAGAUACGUGUUGUUGCUGUUAGGGUAACGAUUUUUUUAAUAAUAUACCUAAUUGUAUUUAAAAUAAGCAAUAUCACUUAAGCGAAUUACUUAGUUAAUUAACUGAAACACAUCACUGACUUAUAAUAUUAAUUUUCCUAUAUUUCCUUUAAAUAUCAUUUAUUUUUAUUCAUAUAUUAUUAAUCUAUUUUGUAUGUAAUAAAUAUAUUUAUUUAUUUAAUUUUUUUGUAAUUAUAUAUUGUGUUGGAUGCAUUAUUAUUAUUUCGUAUGGCGUCCGUUGAGCAGCACUAGAAACACUUAAAAUUAAAAUAAAUAUAACAUGUAUAAAAUUACAAGAUGGUCAACAGUGAUAAGACUUAAAAAUAAACAAGCGCAUAAAUAAAUACAAAUACAUUAUUAACAUAAAAUAGAGAAGAGGUUCCCCAAUAAUUCAAUUAUCCCUUUCACUGUAUUUAUAUUGUGUUGGACAAUAUUUAUGAAUGUUUAAUUUUUAUUUUUACAUGUUUAAAUAUAGUGUUUAAUUUUAAUUUGUAUAUUUUUAUGUUUGAUUAUAAUGAAUGUUAAAAUAUUUUAAGUUAUUGCCUUAGUACAUUUGUUUGUUAAAAUGCGUUAUUAAUUAUUUUUAUUGUCAUCUCAAUUUGACUCUUAUAUGUAUGUAUUAUUAAUAUAUGAUGAGAUGACAAUAAAAAUACAUUAUAUACUAGCUGCUCCAAUAAAGUAUUAUUGAAAUUUAUUAUACAAAUA